UGUGCGUUAAGACGAACAUGCUAUGCUGUGCUAUAUAACGCUGCCUCCAUUAUCACGUGAUCAAAACAUUCGGAACAGUUAUGUCAUAGUUUUUCUCGUACGAUUUGUAACAACGUCAAGUGCGUGCAGACCGCAACAAAUUGCGCUUUAUUGCUAAAUAAAUAAAUGGUUUUGAGCCCGUCGCAAUGAGGCUGUUUAUUUCCACGCGGAAUUCCCUGAAGCGACUUGACACGAGCAUUCGAGCAGCCAUGCAGGUGAAGGUAUUGAGCGCUUUGCAAGACAACUACAUGUACUUAAUCGUUGAUCCCAACACCAAAGAGGCAGCCGUUGUAGACCCAGUUGAACCAAACAAGGUCAUGGAACAAGUGCAAAGCAUGAAAGCGAACCUAACGACAGUGUUGACAACGCAUCAUCAUUGGGAUCACUCGGGUGGAAACGAGAAAUUGGUGAGCAUGGUUCCCAGCCUCAAAGUCCUCGGUGGAGACAACAGAGUGCCCAGGAUAAACGUGCACGUCCAGGAUGGCCAGGAAUUUAGCAUUGGCCAGAUGAAAGUAAAGUGUUUGUUGACACCAUGUCACACAUCGGGCCACGUCUGCUACUUUUUCCCAGAAGCUGAGCCACCAGCAGUUUUCACAGGGGACACCUUGUUCAUCGCUGGAUGUGGAAAAUUCUUUGAGGGCACUGCUGAUCAGAUGUAUAGAGCCCUUGUAGAGAAACUGGCGACAUUGCCAGACUCAACAAGAGUGUACUGCGGACACGAGUACACGGUUAACAACUUGAAGUAUGCUGCCAAAGUGGAACCCAACAAUGAGGCAAUUGCAGCCAAGAUGGCAUGGGCAGAGAAGAUGAGGGAAAACAAUGAGCCGACCGUACCCUCAACCAUCGCAGAAGAGAAAACGUACAAUCCUUUCAUGAGAGUGAACCAGGAUUCUGUACAUGAGCACGCCAAGCUUCACGACCCAAUUUCCACAAUGGCUUUUCUUCGGAAAGAAAAAGAUCAUUUCAGGCCAUAGGAAUGAAUGUCCUAAUAAACAUCUCUGGCACGCUUGU